AUGAGCGGACCCGGCAGCAGCCUUAAUGAAAAUGUGGUCAAGCAAAAUGGAGACCCAGGAGAUCAUCUCUCUGUGUUUACCAAUACCCUAACCCCGGCAGGGAGUCCUGAAACAAGGCUAUUGUCCGCCUUCAAGAAAGACACUCACACCAGGAAGGCUUACCUGGCAGGGAGAGAGUACUACGACGAGGGAGGGAAGACCUUUGAACUGCGUCUUGUUCGAAAAAUAAAGCAACAGCUAAGCACCGAUCCCACUACUCGUCCAGAGUAUCCAUCCUCUCUGGGUGUGACAGAAUUCACCAGGCGAGCCACGGAGGUCGCUUUGGGGAAGAGCUCUCGAGCCAUUGUGGAGGACCGGGUGUUAGGUAUCCAAACUCCUGGUUUUACUGCUGCUGUGCGUCUCGGGGCCGAACUCUUGAAACACUGGUAUGAUGCCUGUGCCGUUUGGUGCGGGCCGGUCUACUUGUCUUCCCCCUGUGAUGUCUCAUUGGCUGGUAUCUUCCAGGCAGCAGGGAUUCAAGAUAUCCGUGAGUAUUAUUACUGGGAUGAACAUCAUCGAGGCGUUUGUUUGGAUAAGCUUCUGGAGGAUCUGGCCAAGGCUCCGGAGCAAAGUGUUGUUGUUCUGUCAGCAUCUCCCCACUAUCCUACCGGAGCAGACCUCUCUCAGAAACAAUGGGCUGUGAUUGUAAAUCUCAUCAUGAGGCGUAGGCUCUUCCCAUUUUUCUUGCUGCCCCCUCAGGCGCUCUGCUAUGGAGAUUUAGAUCGGGGUGUCUGGCCUGUUCAGUACUGUGCAUCACAGGGGAUGGAGCUCCUCUGUGCUCAGUCGUUCUCCCACUGCUUUGGACUAUAUGGUGAGGAUGUCGGGCACCUUCUGUGCGUCAUAAAGCAGAACCCCCUCCUGUCUUCUGUGGAGUCUCGAGCUGACAAAAUAGUGAGGUCGCUCUGGGCCCAGCCAUCUUAUGGAGGAGCACAUAUUGUUGCCACUGUGCUCAGUAACCCAGCCCAUCUUGUUGAAUGGAAGGAGGAAGUAAAGCGCAUUGUGGAGAGAUGUAUGCUCAUCAGAGAAAUUUUGAGAGAAAGGCUGAGGCUUUUGGGAACUCCGGGGUGCUGGGACCAUCUGAUUCAGCAAGGUGGACUCUACUGUUGUACAGGCUUGAAUGGUGAGCAGGUAGAAUUUUUGUCUAAGAGGAGACACGUGUAUCUGCUCCCCAGUGGCUGUCUAAACGUGAGUGCAAUCAACAGUCGUAACUUGGACUAUAUCGUUGAGUCCAUUCAUCUGGCUCUGACCACUUCAUUCUGACCUUGUGGCUUUCGGUCAAGCACUAUAAUCAGUGUCAAAGGGGCUUUCCAGUCUGACUGAAAUUCUUAUUUAACUCAAACCUUUAAUGUGUCACAGUUUCAAGAUUACUGUUAUUACAAUUGUAGGUUCAGCUAUUGCAAAGUAAAUCUGGUAAACAUGACAGAGGUGCAAUCGAUCUAACUAUAAAGCACAGGAGAAAAUACUGCAUUCAUUUCAAGUAGAGUGAAAGAGAACCAUCAGCACAGUGUACUCAAGUGUACUCUACCUCUGUUAAAAAUGGAGCUUUCAAUUUUAAUGCUGGAUAGUUUAAUAAAUAAUAAUGCAUCGCAUUGUAAUUACUAUAUAUUUUUUGGGUUACCUCUGAAUUUGCAAUGCAACUUUUAACAUUUGUCUAUCAGGUAAAUGUAUUAGUGAAAUGUUUUCCUCUGAAGUAGAAGUACACAGUAAAGAGUAUACAGUUGAGGCCAUGGUUGACUACCUUGCCUAAUGGUAAAGUCUGCCCCUGCUGUU